AGGCAGAGCUCAGAGCUGGGAAGAAAGCUCUAGAUGGCGGCUGUGCCUUGGAGAGCGCGCUGAGCCUCCCUGCCUUUUUUCUCCCCCUCCUCCACCACUUUUGCGCAACUUUCCCCAACUUUUGGGCAGUCUCAAGGGGCUCUGGCGGCCCCUGGCCUCUCGUGGGUGCCGGCGUGGGGGAGAGCGAGCGUUUUUGGGGCAGAAAAGCAGCUUCGGGGGGCUCUUUUCCCCUCGCCUUGUUGGAAAGAAGCAGCCCAGGUCGUUGUUUUUCCCAGCUUGGAAGCCAUGGCGCACCUCCAUUUUUGUGCGCUCGCCUAAUGAGCUUUUCCUCCGGAUCUUUUCCUUUCGCUUUAAUGAUCGCCUCUGGCGAUUAAACGACGGCGGAUCUUUUGGGAUUAAACCUUUAUUUGUUAGAUUUUUAGGGGGGAAUAAUGUUUUUUUAAAAAAUAACAACGACUCCCGGUCCGUCUGCCUUGGGAAACAUUUUGGAGCUGAUGUUUCCCCACUACCCGAAACUAAUAUCGGGUAGGACCUGGCGCGGGUGCCCUGAUCAGGUAGGUGGGCGAUUAUUAACCAUCGUUUUUGAGAUUUUUGUCCUUUUUUUCGGAGUACUUUGAAUUUUAUUUUGUCGUCGACCGAUUUGAACGAUCCUGAAUGACGCAAUAAAAUACCUAGAAUAUUUGCCUCCACGGUUACUUCGGGAAAGUUUGCACAGUGUCCCGCAGGGCUGUGGACCCUCUUUUUAAAUUUUUUUCGGGGGGGAAAUGUAGUAUUUAAUUAUCGAUUUCCCCCCUUUGCUUUUGUGAGCCUUCUGCAUUAUUGGAAGCAUUGCAACGUCAGGACUUUUUGUUGUUCGUCGUCGUGAAAAGCCAAAGGCAGCGAGUGGGACUUUACCUUUCUUUCAACUUUUGACAGUAAAUACCUGGGCACGGGACUUCAAAGCAGACCCAAGCGCUCAUUUGCCUUGCUCUUAAUAUUUUUUUAAGAAUUAAAAGAUGAUGAGAAACAGGGACAAAAGCCACGGAGAGGAGGGUUCUGGCCACAGCAAUGCAUCGAGUCACUCAGCAUCUGAAGAGGCCUCAGGAUCCGACUCGGCAAGCCAGUCUGACAGCGAGCAGGCCAGCGACCAUGGGAGCGAGUCCAACAGCAGCUCCGAGACCUCCGAAAGCCAGUCCGAAUCCGAGAGCGAGUCGACGGGCUCGAAAUCGCAGCAGACGCCUCCUGAAGCAAAAGAGAAGCCGGCUUCCAAGAAAGAAAGGAUAGCAGAUGUCAAAAAGAUGUGGGAAGAAUAUCCUGACGUUUACGGGGUGAGGAGGUCAAACCGCAGCAGACAAGAACCCUCCCGUUUUAAUAUUAAAGAAGAGGCAAGUGAGUCUGAGAGCGAGAGCCCCAAAAGAAGAGGCCAAAAGCAGGUGAAAAAAAUAGAGAAAUGGAAGCGGGAGGGCUCCGGCGACGAUGAUGAUGAUGAUGAUGAUGAUGGGGAGGACGAGCAGGAUGAAGGCACCAGUGCAGAAAGCGAGCCGGAGCAGAAGAAGGUGAAAGCCCGCAGGCCUGUCUUGAGGAGAGCCCUGGCCAGGACGGCAGCGAAGAAGGCUUACAAGCCCCAGCGUGGGAAAAGGAGGAGGAAAACGGAGACCUCGGAGGAUGACGACGACGAUGAAGAUGACGAGACGCCCAAAAGGCAGACUCGACGCCGAGCGGCCAAGAACGUCAGGUAUUGCUACAAGGAGGACGACGAUUUUGAGACAGACUCGGACGACUUGAUCGAGAUGACCGGCGAAGGGGCUGAGGAGCAGCAGGAUAACAGCGAGACGAUUGAGAAAGUGAUGGACAUGAGAGUCGGCCGAAAGGGAGCCACUGGGGCUUCCACCACGGUCUAUGCCACAGAAGCCAGUGGCGACCCCUGUGCCGAUUUCGACCCCAAGGAGGAGGAAGGGGAGGUCCAGUACCUAAUCAAGUGGAAGGGCUGGUCGUAUAUCCACAGCACGUGGGAGAGCGAGGACUCCCUGCAGCAGCAGAAAGUCAAAGGCCUGAAGAAGCUGGAGAACUUCAAAAAGAAAGAGGAUGAGGCCAAGCAAUGGUUGGCAAAGGUGACCCCUGAGGAUGUGGAAUACUAUAACUGCCAGCAAGAACUGGCGGCGGAGCUGAACAAGCAGUAUCAGAUAGUGGAAAGGGUAAUCGCUGUAAAGACAAGCAAAUCAGCCACAGCUGGUUCUGAAUUCCCAGCUCACAGCCGCAAAUCCUCCUCCAAUGAACCGGAAUACCUUUGCAAGUGGAUGGGACUCCCGUAUGCCGAAUGUAGCUGGGAAGAUGAAGCCCUGAUCAGCAAGAAGUUCCAGCACUGCAUCGACAGCUUCAACAGCAGGAACAACUCCAAGACCAUGCCUACUCGGGACUGCAAGGUGCUGAAGCAGAGACCCCGGUUUGUCGCCUUGAAGAAGCAGCCUUCGUACAUCGGCGGGGAGAACUUGGAACUGCGGGAUUACCAGCUGGAGGGCCUCAACUGGCUCUCGCACUCGUGGUGCAAGAACAACAGCGUGAUCCUGGCCGACGAAAUGGGCUUGGGGAAGACCAUCCAGACGAUCUCCUUCCUCUCCUGCCUCUUCCACCAGCAUCAGCUGUACGGCCCCUUUCUGAUCGUGGUGCCUUUGUCCACCCUGACCUCCUGGCAAAGGGAGUUUGAAAUCUGGGCCCCCGAGAUCAACGUGGUGGUCUACAUCGGAGACCAGAUCAGCAGGAACACGAUUCGCGAGUAUGAGUGGAUCCACUCUCAGACCAAGCGGCUGAAAUUCAAUGUGCUCAUCACGACGUAUGAGAUUCUGCUGAAAGAUAAGGCUGUCCUGGGAAGCAUCAACUGGGCCUUCUUGGGAGUGGACGAAGCGCAUCGCUUGAAGAACGAUGACUCUCUGCUGUACAAGACGUUGAUUGACUUCAAGUCCAACCACCGGCUGCUCAUCACGGGGACGCCGCUGCAGAAUUCCUUGAAAGAGCUCUGGUCCCUGCUGCAGUUCAUCAUGCCAGAGAAGUUUGAGUCCUGGGAAGAUUUUGAAGACGACCACGGGAAGGGGCGCGAAAACGGCUACCAGAGCCUCCACAAAGUCCUGGAACCUUUCCUGCUGCGCAGAGUGAAGAAGGAUGUGGAGAAAUCUCUCCCUGCCAAAGUGGAGCAGAUCCUGCGUGUGGAGAUGUCUGCCCUCCAGAAGCAGUAUUAUAAGUGGAUUCUGACCCGGAAUUACAAAGCCCUUUCCAAGGGGACUCGGGGCAGCACCUCCGGUUUCCUAAACAUCGUGAUGGAACUGAAGAAGUGUUGCAACCACUGCUAUCUGAUCAAGUCGCCAGAGGAGAACGAGCGGGAGAAUAGCCAGGAGUUGCUCUUGUCCUUGAUCAGGAGCAGUGGGAAGCUCAUUCUCUUAGACAAGCUGCUGACCAGGCUGCGGGAGAGAGGGAACCGGGUCCUCAUCUUCUCCCAGAUGGUGCGGAUGCUGGACAUCUUGGCGGAAUACCUGGCCAUCAAGCACUACCCCUUCCAGCGCUUGGACGGCUCGAUCAAAGGCGAGAUCCGCAAGCAGGCGCUGGAUCACUUCAAUGCCGACGGCUCGGAGGAUUUCUGCUUCCUGCUCUCCACCCGAGCUGGAGGGCUGGGGAUUAAUCUGGCCUCCGCGGACACGGUGGUGAUCUUUGACUCCGACUGGAAUCCCCAGAAUGACCUGCAGGCCCAGGCUCGCGCUCACCGGAUCGGGCAGAAGAAGCAGGUGAAUAUCUACCGUUUGGUGACCAAGGGGACAGUGGAAGAGGAGAUCAUCGAGAGAGCCAAGAAGAAGAUGGUGCUGGACCAUCUUGUGAUACAGCGCAUGGACACCACAGGCCGGACUGUCUUGGACAACAGCUCUGGCCGAUCCAACUCGAACCCUUUCAACAAAGAGGAGCUGACGGCCAUCUUGAAGUUUGGCGCCGAAGACCUCUUCAAGGAAGUAGAGGGGGAAGAAUCGGAGCCACAGGAGAUGGACAUAGAUGAAAUCUUGCGCCUAGCUGAAACACACGAGAAUGAAGUGUCCACAAGCGCGACGGAUGAACUUCUCUCACAAUUCAAGGUAGCAAACUUUACAACGAUGGAGGAGGAAGAAGCAGAGCUGGAAGACAGGUCUCAGAAGGACUGGGACGAAAUCAUCCCCGAGGAGCAGAGAAAGAAGGUGGAGGAGGAGGAGCGCCAAAAGGAGCUGGAGGAGAUCUACAUGCUCCCCAGGAUUCGCAGCUCUGCUAAAAAGGCUCAGGCGAAUGACAGCGAUUCGGACAGCGAGAUGAAGAGGAAGCUGCAGAGAUCCUCAGGCUCUGAGAGCGAGACAGAGGAUUCGGACGACGACAAGAGGCCCAAGCGCCGAGGGCGACCCCGGAGCGUUCGGAAGGACACGGUGGAAGGCUUCACAGACUCAGAAAUCAGGAGGUUUAUCAAGGCCUAUAAGAAGUUUGGCGUUCCCCUGGAACGACUGGAGUGUAUUGCUCGAGAUGCUGAACUGGUGGACAAGUCGGUGGCUGAUUUGAAGCGUCUGGGGGACCUUCUUCACAACAGCUGCGUUUCGGCCAUGCAAGAGUUUGAGGAACAGCUGAAGGAUAACCCGACGGAAGGAAAAGGGCCAGGGAAGCGGAGGGGCCCCACCAUCAAGAUUUCCAGCGUCCAGGUGAACGUGAAAGCCAUCAUCCAGCACGAGGAGGAAUUUGCAAUGCUGCAUCAGGCGAUCACCGCGGACCUGGAGGAGAGGAAAAAGUUCUGCCUCUCUUGCCGUGCCAAGGCCGCCCAUUUCGAUGUCGACUGGGGCGUGGAGGACGACGCUCGCUUGCUCCUGGGUGUCUACGAGCACGGCUACGGGAACUGGGAGCUGAUCAAAUCGGACCCAGAGCUGAAAUUGACAGACAAGAUUUUGCCUGUCGAGCCGGACAAAAAACCCCAGGGGAAGCAGCUCCAGGCCCGAGUGGAUUACCUGUUGAAACUGCUCAAGAAGGACCUCGAAAAGAAGGAGGGGGUGAAGGAGCCGGAAGAGAACAAGCUGAAGAAGAGGAAAGCCCGUGUCAAGAAAGAAAACAAAUCGCCCAAGGGAAAGGAUGAGCACGGGAACGAAGCAUCCUCUCCUCGGCACUCUGACAACCCUUUAGAAGAGGGUGAGGUCAAGGAGGAUGGAUUGGAUGGAAGCCCCUUGAAAAAGAAGCAGAAGAAGAAAGAGAACAAGGAGAACAAAGAAAAACAGUCAGCGAGCAGGAAAGAAAAGGAAGGCGAGAAAGAGAAAAGGAAAACCAAAGACAAGAACAAGCCGAAAGGUGGGGAGGCCAAGGCCAGCGGCAAAGGGAAAAGAGUCCAGGGGCCCGUCCACAUCACUGCGGGAAGUGAGCCCAUCCCGAUCGGGGAGGACGAAGACGAUGACUUGGACCAGGAAACUUUCAGCAUCUGCAAAGAGCGGAUGCGGCCUGUCAAGAAGGCGCUGAAGCAGCUGGAUAAGCCCGACAAAGGGCUGACGGUGCAGGAGCAGCUGGAGCACACCCGGAGCUGCUUGCUCAAGAUUGGCGACCGCAUCUCCGAGUGCCUGAAAGUCUAUUCCGACCAGGAACUCAUCAAGCUGUGGAGAAGGAACCUGUGGAUCUUUGUGUCCAAGUUCACGGAAUUUGACGCCAGGAAGCUGCACAAGCUGUACAAGAUGGCUCACAAGAAGAGGUCCCAGGAAGAGGAGCAGGAGCAAAGGAAGAAAGAGGAGGGAGCGGGAGGGAAGAAGCUCUUCCGACAGGAGCCUUCCAGCUCCGGCCGCGACGCCCCGACCCCCCAGAUCCCCCACGGCCCUCAUCCUCCGAAGCUCCACCCACCCCCCGUGCACCACGCCCAGAUGCACGGACACCAGAGGGACAAUUACGGCCACCCGAAUAAGAGGCACUUCAGUAACGCAGACCGGGGCGAGUGGCCGAGGGACCGCAAAUUCAACUACGGCGGCAACCAGAUGUGGGGCGGGGAACGGCACCACCCCUACGAGCAGCAGUGGUACAAGGAGCACCACUACGGGGACCGCCGGGUGCGUGGGGAGCCGCACCGCAGCUCGGGGAACUACCGCCUGAACAACAUGUCCCGCAAGCGGCCGUACGAGCCGUACAACAGCGACCGAGACCACCGUGGUCACCGGGAUUAUUAUGAGAGGCACCACCACGAUUCCAAGCGGCGGAGGUCUGACGAGUUCAGGGCCCCAAACUACCACCCACAGGACUUCCGGAGGAUGUCGGACCAUAGGCCUCCCAUCGGGUACCACGGCCAGGGACCCCUGGAUCACUACCGCUCUUUCCACCCAGACAAAUCGGCCGAUUACAAACAGCUGCUCCCCGUCUCUCACUCCCAAGUCUCGGACCCUCGCUCCCCUCCGUCGCAGAAGUCCCCCCACGACGCCAAGUCCCCCCUGGAUCAUCGGUCGCCCCUGGAGAGGUCUUUAGAACAAAAGAACACUCCGGAUUAUAAUUGGAGCGCCCGGAAGACAUAGAGGGGGCAGGGGAGAACAGGAGAGGAGGGAG